AUGGGGACGGACAUAUUUUGGUUUGAUGAUGAGAUGAACCGGCAGGCACAAACAGCGGUUCUUCUUCCACUACCAAUAAUGGGGAACAAAGUUGUGAAAGAGGACGAGAAGGGAAAGGGGAAGGAGACGACGGAAAGUAAGAAUACAAAAAAGACCCAUGAAAAGUCGUCUGACAAUGACAACGAGCAUACAGGGAAGACUGACCCUGGCACCGGUGAUAAGUUGAUACAAAACAUGAACCGUAGCAGUACAGGGAAGAGUGACUAUGGCACUGGCACCCAAAGUGAUAAACAAUCUAAGGAGAAGGGAAAGGGGAAGGAGACGAUGGAGAGUAACGAUACAAAAAAGACCCAUGAAAAGUCGUCUGACAAUGACAACGAGCGUACAGGGAAGACUGACCCUGGCACCGGUGAUAAGUGGAUACAAAACAUGAACCGUAGCAGUACAGGGAAGAGUGACUAUGGCAUUGGCACCCAAAGUGAUAAACAAUCUAAGGAGAAGGGAAAGGGGAAGGAGACGAUGGAGAGUAAGGAUACAAAAAAGACCCAUGAAAAGUCGUCUAACAAUGACAACGAGCGUACAGGGAAGACUGACCCUGGCACCGGUGAUAAGUGGAUAGAAAACAUGAACCGUAGUAGUACACAAUAUGAGGAGAAUAGAAAGGGGCAGGGGAACAUGGAGAGUCAGAAUUUAAAGACCCCUCCAAAGUUGUCUGACAGCAUGACCAGUGAGAACAAGCCUAUUGGGAAGAGUGACAAUGGCAUUGGUGCUAAAUUGAUACAAAACAUGAACGAUAGCACCCAAAGUGAUCAACGGUAA